UGCAGUGUUUAUUUUGCCACCGUCGAAUCGACUCACCGACGUUCUGUGGUCGGACGUUCUCCGUGUGCUAUUAUUCGGUUAGGAGCCGUUGCUAAUUAUGACAGCUCCAGAUGGCGGUCGCAAAGGAGAUCGUGUCUGGUGCGAUGGCUGCUACGAUAUGGUACAUUUCGGACACGCAAACCAACUCCGUCAGGCUAAGCAAUUCGGCAAGAAACUUAUCGUUGGAGUGCACAAUGACGAAGAAAUAGCAUUGCACAAAGGACCACCGGUUUUCAAUGAACAGGAACGAUAUCGGAUGGUGGAAGGAAUCAAAUGGGUAGAUGAGGUUGUUGAAGAUGCUCCAUAUGUCACGACUGUAGAGACUCUGAAUCGUUAUGACUGUGACUUUUGCGUCCACGGAGAUGACAUCACUCUCACUGCGGAUGGAAAGGACACUUAUGAGGAAGUAAAGAAGGCAAGGCGCUACCGAGAAUGCAAACGCACAGCUGGUGUAUCAACUACUGACUUAGUUGGAAGGAUGCUGCUUAUGACCAAGUGCCAUCAUGUACCUGAAGAAGAAAUGGAUGAGCAUCGCGAGAGAGCGCGAACCUUGAGUACAGAUAGUGUGGCCCAAUCACCAUGGACACGCGUAUCCCGUUUCAUGGCUACUACUCAGACAAUCAUUGAGUUUGCCGAAGGAAGAGCCCCCAGACCAACGGAUAAGAUAGUCUAUGUGUGCGGAGAGUACUCUGCGUUGAUACCACUGCUUCUGUCAUUUCUGGAAGAAGCAGCAAAAUUUGGAGACUACUUAAUCGUCGGUAUCCUCAAUGAUCAAGUGAUCAACGAUGUCAAAGGGAGUAAUCAUCCCAUCAUGUCCCUUCACGAAAGAGUGCUCAGCGUAUUGGCAUAUAGGCCAGUCAACGAGGUCGUAAUUGGAGCCCCAUACUGUGUGACUGAUGAUAUCAUCGAUAGAUUCAACAUCUCCAUUGUUUGCCAGGGAAGUCGCGUGCCCCAUCACGAUCGCUCUGGUAAUGAUCCGUUUGAAGCGCCAAAAAGGAGAGGUAUUUAUCGUGAAGUGGACUCGGGAAGCGAUAUGACAACCGAGAAGAUCAUUGAGAGAAUUAUCGAACACAGGUUGGAGUUCGAAAGGAGAAAUCGCGCGAAGGAGAAAAAGGAAGAGGCUGCUUUUGCCGCUCUACAGAAACUCGACUCAAACGGGAGUGUAGACACAAGAAACGCUGUUAACAUUCAGCUCUAGCUAAAGCGGCCUCGAGUACUUUUUUUGUUUGAUUUGCAAUCUAUCAUCAUUGCUUCCCAAAUGUCCAAAUGCUGUUACUGAACCGCAUUACUGCCUUCUAGAUGAGGAGGUGUAUGAAGUGAUCAUGAGCUUCCAGAAGUAAUGAGUGUAGCUGUUUAUAUCGAUUUCAAAUCAGCAAUUUUAGUGACUAUAGU